CUGUCCUCGGCCGCCGCCAUCUUGUGGUGACGGUUCCUUUCGCAUUGUUCUAGGCCGGGCGGUGGGAGCCGGCGGAGUGAGACCGAUACGGAGAAGGAAAAGCAGCAGCGAUCAGCGCCCAGUGCCAGGCCGCCUCGACCCCCUCCUCAGCCCCCGGGGUUAUCGCCUCACAGACCUUAACCUGUACCGGGUAUCCCGCCGGUCCCUUAGGACACCGCGGGGCCCGGAGCCAUGGAGGAGGAGCUGCCCAGGACCCUGUAUGUGGGGAAUCUGUCUAGGGAUGUGACAGAGGCACUGAUUCUUCAGGUGUUCAGCCAGAUUGGUCCAUGCAAAAGCUGCAAGAUGAUCAUGGAUACGGCAGGAAAUGAUCCAUACUGCUUUGUUGAAUUCUUUGAGCAUCGACACGCAGCUGCCUCCUUAGCUGCUAUGAAUGGACGGAAAAUAAUGGGCAAGGAGGUCAAAGUGAAUUGGGCCACCACCCCUAGCAGCCAGAAGAAGGAUGCAAAUAGUAGUUCCGUUGUCAGCACACUGCGUUCUCAAGACCAUUUCCAUGUCUUUGUUGGUGACUUGAGUCCAGAGAUAACAACAGAUGACAUAAAAGCAGCUUUUGGACCUUUUGGGAGAAUAUCUGAUGCACGAGUGGUGAAAGACAUGACAACUGGAAAAUCCAAGGGCUAUGGAUUUGUGUCCUUCUUCAAUAAGUGGGAUGCAGAAAAUGCAAUAGCACAGAUGGGUGGCCAGUGGCUUGGAGGUAGACAAAUCAGAACCAACUGGGCUACAAGAAAGCCCCCAGCUCCGAAGAGUACCUAUGAGUCGACUACUAAGCAGUUAUCAUAUGAUGAAGUGGUCAAUCAGUCAAGUCCCAGUAAUUGCACUGUGUACUGUGGAGGCGUGACAUCUGGAUUAACAGAACAACUUAUGCGGCAGACUUUUUCACCUUUUGGGCAAAUUAUGGAAGUUCGAGUCUUCCCUGAUAAAGGUUACUCUUUUGUACGGUUUAAUGCACAUGAGAGUGCAGCUCAUGCUAUAGUCAGUGUGAAUGGAACUACUAUCGAAGGGCAUGUAGUGAAGUGUUACUGGGGCAAAGAGACUCCUGACAUGCUGAACACCGUUCAGCAGGUAAGAGAGCAAAGCCAAAUUAGCUUCCCCCCACCUUAUGGCCAGUGGGGACAGUGGUAUGGAGGAGCCCAGCAGAUAGGCCAGUACAUGCCUAAUGGCUGGCAAGUGCCAACAUAUGGGGUCUAUGGACAGGCAUGGAAUCAACAGGGUUUUAGUCAAACUCCAUCAUCUGCAACAGCAUGGAUGGGACCAAAUUAUGGGGUGCAGGCUCCCCCUGGACAGAAUGGAACUCUGAUUACAAACCAAACGGGAUUUCGUAUGGCUGGAUACCAAACCCAAUGAGAGGAAGGACUCCCAGACAUGCCAGCAGUCUGUUGCUGGCCCAUUUGUUUACUUUGAUACCAUUAUGAAAUCACGUCAGUGCAGAUGUCAGAUACAGUAUAUUUAUUAAAACAACAAAAAAAAAAUCAAACCAUUUUUUAAAUCAUGAAACGUUCAUCCAUUUGGUUAAAAAUCCAAACCACACAAUACUAGAGAUGCUGGAUGUUUGCCAAUUUUUGCCUUCCUUUUUCAUUUUAAAUUUUUUUUUUUUUUUUUUUUUUAUAUAUGUAACUGUUGCUUAACCCUGUCUCUCUUGAAGAGAACAGCCAAGCCUUGCUUGCCAGAUCUUUUCGGCAGUAAAAGGGUUAAGUUCCUUUGAAAUAAUAAUAAAAAAAUACAAUGCAGGGAUCACUGCCACUUUGGCAGCAAAUUGCACAAAAAUGUCUUUUUUUUUUUUCCUCUUUUUUUUUUUUUUUUUUCCUUUCCACUGAAGUAGUGUGCAGUCUUAGAUUGCAUUCUUAGUAUGAUUUGAGAUGUAUUAUAAAGUUUAACUGUACAAAAGUUGUGAAGUUGUGUUUGUGGAGGUUUAGUUUUCCUGUUCUUCCUUUUCAAAACCUUCAGUAUGAAACACAUAAUUUCAUAUUCAGGUUAUACACACUGUUCAAAGUUCUUUAUGCCCAUUUUUUGCCUUUUUUCCUGACAUCAAUUUGUAUCAAAUCCCAAUGACUUUUUCUUUCUCUUUUCUUUUUUUUUUGCCUUGCGAAGGUAUUAAAAUAAUUUAGCACAACGAGGGCUCUCACUCUGAUCCCUCAUGUGUUAAAAGGGUUAAACUUAUCUUACAUCAGAAAAAAAUGUGACUUGAUCUGAGCCUGUACGUGAAACUAUUUCUCAGAAGAUUCUUCUUCCAUGUUUUCUCUUAUGUUUGCAAACUGCCGUUUGCUACUUUUUCCUGUCAAUUUCUCCUUCCCUUUUUUUUUUUUUUUUUUUUGUUCAAGAAGGUGCCUAGGAGAAAAAUCAUUGUUGGAUUUAUUUCUAAAGGUUUAUUAUCUUCUAUGAUCAAAAAAAAUACGAUGUGGUAAUGGGACGUUAUAAAAUCCCGUUUACUGAAAUUGCAAAAAUGUGAUAAAUUCUUAAUGAACCA